ACCAUUUUCGACUUUUUGGUGUAAACAUUCGUAAUUCAAUGUACCAGUGCUGACCAAAAUCAUCCUUCUCAUGUGUCAUUGCAACACACACAACACACCUUAUCAUACAAACAAAGAAAACCAGAAAAAAAGAACUUGUUCUCUCUCUCUCUCACACACGCUCAUCUAGAUGACAAUAUCAAUAAUUCAACCAUGUAUGAAACUUCCAUAUUACCUCUUUCUUGUUCUGUUCUUCUUCCUUGGCCUCACAGCCUCACAAGCUCAGUUGUAUGAUCAAGAACAUGAAGUUUUGUUGAACAUAAAGCAAUACCUUAAGAACCCUUCAUUCCUCUCUCACUGGACUUCAACUUCCUCUCACUGUACUUGGCCAGAGAUCACAUGCACCAAUGCCUCAGUCACUUCCCUCACCCUCUCCAAUCUCAAUAUCACCCUCACAAUACCACCCUUCAUCUGUGACCUCACCAACCUCACACACCUUGACUUCAGCUUCAACCUCAUCCCUGGUGGCUUCCCCACACCCCUCUACAAUUGUUCCAAGUUGGAGUACCUAGACUUGUCCAGGAACAACUUUGAUGGCAUGGUUCCACAUGAUAUUGACAAAUUGGGGGCCAAUUUGCAAUAUCUCAACCUCAGUUCCACCAACUUUGCUGGUGGUGUUCCACCUAGUGUUGGAAAGUUAAAGCAAUUGAGAGAGCUUAAGCUUCAGUAUUGCCUGUUGAAUGGCACUGUUGCUGCUGAGAUUGAUGAUUUGUCCAACCUAGAGUACUUGGACUUGUCCUCCAACUUCAUGUUUCCUGAAUGGAAGAUGCCAUGGAACUUGACCAAGUUUAACAAAUUGAAGGUGCUUUAUCUGUAUAGCACCAAAUUGGUUGGGGAAAUUCCUGAGAGAAUUGGGGAUAUGGUGGCUUUGGAGAAGGUGGAUAUGUCAAAAAAUGGCUUAACUGGUGGAAUUCCAAUUGGUUUGUUCAAGCUGAAGAAUCUUACCACACUGUAUCUCUAUGCAAAUAGUCUUUCUGGGGAAAUACCAAGUGUGGUUGAGGCAUUGAACCUGGUCAACCUUGAUCUUGCAAGGAACAAUCUCACAGGGAAAAUACCUGAUGGUUUUGGAAAGCUGCAACAGUUGUCAUGGUUGAGUUUGUCUUUGAAUAGCUUGUCAGGUGUGAUACCAGAAAGCCUAGGGAAUCUUCCAGCUCUCAAGGAUUUUCGUGUGUUUUUCAACAAGUUAUCAGGUACUCUUCCUACUGAUUUUGGCCGUUACUCAAAGCUUCAAACCUUUUUGACUGCAUCUAACAAUCUUACUGGGAAGUUACCCGAGAACUUGUGCUAUAAUGGGCUGUUACUUAACUUGUCUGUUUAUGAUAACAACCUGAGUGGUGAGUUGCCAGAAUCACUAGGAAAUUGCAGUGGUUUAAUGGAUCUGAAAAUUCACAAUAAUGAGUUUUCUGGUAACAUUCCCAGUGGUAUUUGGACAUUUCUCAAUUUGUCGAAUUUCAUGGUGAGCCAUAAUAAGUUCACUGGUGAGCUUCCUGAAAGGCUAUCUUGGAAUGUUUCAAGGUUUGAGAUAGGUUACAAUCAGUUUUCUGGUGGAAUUCCAAGAGUGUCAUUAUGGCCUAAUUUGGUAGUGCUUGAUGCCAGUAAGAACAACUUUAAUGGAAGUAUUCCACAAGAGCUAACAUCUCUUUCUAGGUUAACAACCUUGUUGCUUGAUCAGAACCAACUCACUGGGCCACUUCCAUCAGACAUAAUAUCAUGGAAAUCCUUAGUAACUCUAAAUUUAAGCCAAAACCAACUCUCUGGACAAAUCCCAAAUGCAAUUGGUCAAUUACCUGUCCUUAGUCAACUUGAUCUAUCAGAAAACGAAUUCUCUGGCCAAGUUCCUUAUCUACCUCCCAGACUCACCAAUUUAAAUUUGUCUUUUAAUGACUUCACGGGGAGGAUUCCAAGGGAAUAUGACAAUUCAGUGUAUGCUAGUAGCUUUUUGGGAAAUUCUGGCCUUUGUGCUGAUACCCCAACACUGAACCUUACCUUGUGCAAUUCUGGCCUUCAAAGAAAAAGCAAAGGUUCAUCUUGGUCUAUUGGUUUGAUCAUAACCUUGGUGGUAGUGGCCUUGUUACUGGCCCUUUUGGCAUCAGUCUUGUUCAUUAGAUUUCACAGAAAAAGAAAGCAUGCAUUGGACAACUCAUGGAAGCUCAUUUCCUUUCAGAGGCUGAACUUCACAGAAUCAAGCAUUGUCUCAUCAAUGACUGAACAGAACAUUAUUGGAAGUGGUGGAUAUGGUACAGUAUACCGCGUUGAUGUUGAUGAUUUUGGCUGUGUUGCUGUGAAAAGGAUUAGGAACAACAGAAAUUUAGACCAGAAGCUUGAGAGCUCUUUCCGUGCAGAAGUUAGAAUACUUGGCAAUAUUCGGCAUACCAACAUUGUGAGGUUGAUGUGUUGUAUCUCUAAUGAAGAUUCUAUGCUACUUGUGUAUGAGUAUAUGGAAAAUCACAGCCUAGAUAAGUGGCUGCACAAGAACGUUAAGCCAUUGGCUGUGUCUGGUGCAGUCAAUAAAGUGGCCCUUGAUUGGCCAAAGAGGUUGAAAAUAGCCAUUGGGGUUGCUCAAGGUUUGAGCUACAUGCACCAUGAUUGUUCACCACCUGUUGUUCAUAGAGAUGUUAAAACAAGCAACAUCCUUUUGGAUGCUCAAUUCAAUGCAAAAGUUGCUGAUUUUGGACUAGCAAGGAUGUUAAUCAAGCCAGGGGAACUUAACACCAUGUCAUCUGUGAUUGGCUCAUUUGGCUAUAUUGCUCCAGAAUAUGUUCAAACAACAAGAGUCAGUGAAAAGAUUGAUGUGUUUAGCUUUGGGGUAGUCCUAUUGGAACUGACAACAGGUAAAGAAGCAAAUUAUGGAGACCAACACUCAUCUCUUUCAGAGUGGGCUUGGCGUCACAUUCUCAUUGGAAGCAAUGUUGAAGAAUUGCUAGACAAAGAUAUCAAGGAAGCCAUUAACUUAGAUGAAAUGUGCACUGUUUUCAAACUUGGGGUCAUGUGCACUGCAACACUUCCUGCUACUAGGCCUUCCAUGAAGGAGGCACUACAAAUAUUGCUCACAUUAGGUGAACCAUAUCCUUAUGGAGACAAGAAUUUUAGCCACUACUAUGAUGCUAUUCCCCUUCUUAAGAAUUCAAAAGAGGAACACUAGGUUGGAUGUUGGUGAUAUGUAACAAUGAUAGUGACUAACCAACUGGAUUCCAGAGGAUGCCAUGUUUGUGAAAAUUCUAGUACAUAGGAUUUUAGGAUGGGGAACAGGUUCAGCAAUUUGAGGCAAUGAUUUUUA